AUGACUUCGCCAUUUGGCACAUCGACGCAGAGCUCGACCCCAGCCGUCUCCAAUCCAUUCGCGCCAAAGCCGAAUCCCUUUGGCCAGAAUGGCAGCGGCACCUCUGCAUUUGGAGCGAAACCUAAUCCUACCAAUCCAUUUGCCCAGGUUACGACAGCGGCGAGCAAUGCGAAUGGCGCGCCAAACCCUUUCGCACCCAAGCCGUCAGUGAAAGCUGCCGAGAACGGCAAACAGUCAUCAACGCCGACAUGGGGGAAAAAAGCAAAUGGAUUACAGCCCUCUUUCAGUCAAUUCGGUGGCAAGACUGGAGCUUUCACAAAGCCCGAAGCUAGAGUGAAUCAGACAACCGCGUCAGCUUUCUCCAGCACACAACCAGGAACCGGGUCACUGCCUAGGUCAAACGAUCCCCACGCGAAAAAGAUUUAUGAACAGUUACGGCAGGAUGGCAUCGCGCCUCCAGCAUGGCCGUCACAGCCUGGCGAUCCCCAAAACAAGGUCGAAAUGGCCAAGUUUCGCGAGCAGUAUGAGGAUUACCGAAGCAAAGUGCGAGCUUCGCUCACACGCGCCGGUCUGAUCGACGAUGCCAAGAAACGAAAAAAACUGAAAGAUGCAAUUGACUUCAAAGGUAUCUGCGAAGAUAUGUGUCCAGAGUACGAGAAAAUUACAAGAAUCACAGAGCACGAUAUUCCAACACCAGAGAAGGAUCCGAAGACGACCUUUGCCAGCACAACGCGGAUGGUCAAGAAGCUCGCGCGAUCUGCCGCCGGCCAAGAAGCACCUUUACCGAUGGAUGUGAUGUCUGUACCAACGUUGCGAAAGACCCUCAAAUAUCUUGUGGAUGACCUGUUGCGAAACGACGAAAACCUGCCCGCCCUACAUGGUUAUCUUUGGGACCGAACGCGAGCGAUUCGACGAGAUUUCACCUUCUUCUCAGCUCCGAGCAUCGAAGAAAUGCACAUUCAAGCAUCGGUACUGGAAGAUAUUGCACGGUUUCACGUCACAGCUCUGCACUUGCUCUCUGAAGCUGGAAAAGCGCCGGAAGACUUUGUGGAACAGCAGGAGCUGGAGCAGCUGGGUAAAGCUCUCUUGACGUUACGUGACAUAUACGACGACUGUAACGCACAAGGCUCUCCCUGCGAGAACGAGGCCGAGUUUCGAGCUUACCAUUUGCUAUUCCGCGCCAACGACCCUAAUAUUCUCGAAAAUGUGCAACCGAGUCUCUGGGACUUUGACAUCAUCAGAACUGCGGUUUCGCUGGUCGAAGCUCUGCAGAAUACGUCAAAUUUUCAUGGUCCGUUGGUCGAUGGCCCAUCCCUCGCCGCAGGUGGCGCUCACAACGUCUACUUUACAAUCGUGAAGGAUAGUUCGGUGUCUUACACCAUGGCGUGCUUUGCAGAAUGCCAUUUUCCUCAGCUGCGCCGCUCGAUCCUACGUUGCUUGAAGAAAGGCCUCUCACGGCCGAGAGAACCGUCGCGGGAUGUAACAGCAGCAGCACUCAACAGACACUUGCAAUUCGACACGGUACAGCAGGCAAUCGACUUUGCCAGGCUACACGAUAUUGAGUUCCAGCCCAGCCAGCAGAACCCUGCAGAUCCGAGUCUCAGUUGUGCCAUACUCUACAAUUCAUCGAGUUUGCCGCACCACCGACUCUCACAUCAGUUUUCACAGACUCUUGUUGAGGACAAGCGAGGGUCCCGGUCCUUGCCCGAGGUCAUACAGAACACCGUUUUCAAAGACACGCCGACACCAGGGAAACGGGAGACCUCACUUGCUCAGGAGGGCAGCCUCUUCGUACAAGACGAAACCGCGAAGCCGCCGUUUAGCAUGCCCCCGCCUUCGAAUAACCCCUUCAGCGGUUUCGGUAGACCGACAAACGGAAACACGAUGGGCGGCCCCCUGGCAAAAGCCACGGCCGCAGCCGAUCAAGACAAACCAAGGGUCUUCGGGCAAGGUGCAACCCCUUUUAAAAUAGCACAACCUUCAGCAUCUACGUUUGAUAAAAGCGCUGCUGAGAGAACUACGCCUGCACCUAGCAUUGGCAGCACUCAGCAAAACAACCCAUUUGCUACAGCUCCGGCCUCAUUAACGCAGACUGUGUCUAGUGAGACGGUCGCCAAGGAGAGCUCUGCUGCCAAGCCAGGUCCCGAUGCCGAAUUCGACGCAAAAUUGGAGACAAAUUUUGCAAAGACGAAAACAGGCCAAGUGCAGGCUCCAGCAACAGCAACAGCAGUCAAUGCAAAGACCUCUGUUGGCUUUGGCGCCAGCCCAAUCGCGCCAAAACCUUUGACCACCACCGCUACUGCUUCGCCGGCUAAGCCUUUGCCUACUUCGGGCUUCUCCGGCUUUAACCCAGAGGCGUCGACGGCCCCGACAGUGGCAUCAUCUAUGCCGCAGAGUACUUUGCCCGCUUUCGCUGGCCUCGCACCGCAACCGCAGCAGAAUAAGCCACCUGAGGCGGCCAAGAGCUCGACCCCGCCAGGCUCACCCACGCAAGCAAGUCCAAUCACACAAUCUGCAUUUACGAAAACGCCAACCCAGCUAGGGGUGUUUGCACCGACAAGCAAGCCAAACUCAACCGUCAAUUCAUUCACUCCCCCGUCAAAUCCUCCGGCGUUUCUAGCUAGCACAACUCCGCCCGCUAUAGCCCCGUCAGUUGCAGCCCCAUCGCAACCACCAAUUCCUCCACAGCCCAAACGUGAUCGACUAUUAGACUUCACAAGAUGGUUUGUGGAGGGUGAUGGUGGAUUGAUGACCGAGUUCCAGCAGCAUUUCUUGGAUGGACUACUCACGCCCGUCUUUCUGGGCUGGCAGCAGAAGGCAGAAGAGAAGCUGCGACUCGAGGCGGAAGCGCGAGACAACGCUACCGCAGACGACUUCAGGCACCGUUCCUUGUCCUUGAGAUACUUUUACCGGUGGAAAACUCACGCAAGAGAAAAGCGCCUCAAGUUUCUGCGUCGUAGUGGGCGCGAUCAGCUUAGGGACUUUUAUCGGGCUCAGCAGAGGUCUUCACGCAUCCCACAAGCCACGCCCAAAUCCCAGCCCAAAGUUGCGCCCGUUCCGCAGCCGAAUCACGAGCAGGCUCUUAUGGAGGGUCUCCGCCGAAGCCAGGCUAGGAAACGCUUCAUCCCGCCCCCGACGCCAUCCACUGUGGAUGUUAUUGGAAACAGAGACUCUGCCGCGGCCAUCGGGCGCCACUUCAAUCUGCCCGCAUCCCAGAGCGGUAUGUCUUCUCCAGCGCGGUCACGAUCGAGCUCCGUUUCGAGAGGAGGCUCCAAGACUAGGGCGCUUCGAGAGGAACUUCUUGGCUCGGGUGCUGGAUGCUUCCGCCGCUCUCUGCCCUCGAUUGCCUCUAGUGAAGAUUCGAGAUCCGAAAGCGUGCGAAGCAGCAAGGUCUCGGAGCGAUGGCGACUGAAAGCCAUGGGCAUCGUCCAGCUCCCUGACGGCACUGCCGUGCCGGAGAGCCUCAUGAAUGACCGGCGAUUUAACCCUCUCAGCCGGUCAUCAUACAGAGCCUCUUCGAUUGCCAGUGUGUCAUCCCGACGGCCAUCAAUUAGCAGCAUCCCGCCGCCGCCUCCCUUCUCGAGCGCUAGGAACGGCGCGACUCCUCUGGCUGUAUUUGAGGAUUCGGCCGGUAGUAAGAGGAAGCGGGCAAGCGAGGGCAGCGCAGAGCCAAUGGAGCUAGACGACGGAUUGGCGUCAAACGGCCACAAGCGCGUCAUGAGCGAUGCUAGAAAUGUGGCCAACGAUUUGCGCAUUCUGCGAGAGGAACUUGAGGAAGGGACGAUGUGGUAUAGGUCACAUAAUGAGCGUCUACAUACCGAGAUUACGAGCAGAGCUGCAACUCCAAUGGAUGGCAACUUUUAG